GGCUGUGCUCGAGAGUGACAGUGAACACGACUGGAAGAUAUACGCGUAGCGGCAGAACCAGACAGGGGCAAUGUGCACCGUUCACGCCACCAUACGUUAAUACGUCUCGCGCGAUGCGAUCUAACUCUGCGGGCGUGUAUGGGAAGCGGGCGGCCUUACUACAAAACCGCUAGGGCCGACAGUGCUCGUAUUGUUACUGGCACAGCGUGGCGAGAGAUCAUAGACAUAUAGGGUCCUGUUUGACCUGGUGAUGGGCUGGCUGGCUGAUCAACCGUUUGUCUACCCCUAUCUCCAACCGACACAGCCAUGUCGUACGUGGACUCACUCGCAAUCGGCCCCCUGGCCCUUUCUUUUCUUUUCCAGUCCCAACCCGUCCUGCUCUGCUCAUUUCUUUUCCCUUCUCGUGCAUUUCCGCGUCCCUACGCCCCUCCACCCCCCCUCUUCCUCCCCUCCGUCUGCGAGAACAAGAGCCCCGACACGCCAGUCCCGCCAUCUCGAUUGUAUCCGACGCCGGCGAGGCAAGGCGCGAGGUGUGCGGCGGCCUGAGUUACCGCCACCUCUGGUAGCUAAUUGCGCGGGCGUGUGCCACAUCGUUGGCAUACACGAUAUACAGAAAGCUGAACAAGUAGACAGACAGGUAGGUGGGCAGGUCGGCCAGCCUAGCGCUGUGUCCCCGUCGCACAGGAGGGGGGUGGGUGAGAAGGAGAGAGGAGUAGAGGAGGAGGAGAGAGGGGGGCAGUUGUGGUGGCCGUCAACGGCGAUACACGUUCGCCCCAUUCCCUCUGUUUCCUUGCCCUUCGCGUCGCCGCUCGCCGUGUGCGCCCACGUACAAUCACACAACCACACAACCACAGCACGCGCACACGCACACGCACGCACACGUAUUGGCGCUGUGGCAGAGUGUGGUCGUCGAGACAAGGGAGCGGGAGGAGAGGAAAAAUCUUGUGACGGUGGCAUUCGAGGACCGUAUCUGGCGGCGUUACACGGCGGCGCCGUCCGCACAUGGCUAACCCGGUCGAGCUCACUGCAUACAUACACAGAUGCCUUAGAGGAUCGAGCUUCCCGGGUAGAUUAGCAGGCUAGGCGCGUAAGCAGCCCGGACUUGGACUGCCUGCUAGCUCGAAAUUGGGACGUAAGCUGACAGGUUCCCGCCUCCCGUCUCUCAGGUGGGCCGCCAUCGCCAGAAGGGAAGGGGAGUCAGGGAGGGAGGGAUGUUGCUGUCCGCCUGACGUGGGGAGGCGAAUGCGGAAGCGCUUAGAGAGUGUGUGAGAGAGAGACAGGGCGGCUCAUGACGACGCCAGGAUUUUCACCAUCACUUACUAAGUCCGUGUACGACUCUGCGAGGUAGCAUCUAAUAUUAUCGCGGGCCCCCCAAGACUCCCACAGCUCGAGAGGGGAGCAGUGGCUUAACGAGGUGCCUAUCUAUCUCGGGCAGCAGAUUUUG